AUGGCUGAGUAUUACAAUUCGCUUCCCGGCCUCAAGUCUGCGAGCCAGCGGCUUCAAGACAGCGGUGACAUCUUCAUGCGCCACAAGAUCAACAAAGCCUAUGGCGUUGCCCUGUUGCACAAGCACUUUUCAAUCAAGCCUACGGAGCGCCUUGUGGAUAUCCGGAACGUGUCAAGCCCGUGGCAGACUGGCGGCGACACCGACCCUGUACUGAAGAAGUACAAUGGCGUCAUUGUGCCGCGAUCACUGCGGUUCCUGAACGGGGAUUUGCUGCCUUACGAAUUUGACUUCACAGCAGAGGAGCCGUCAACGGAGUCAAACGCCGAGUUUCUGCAGCAGUUGUCGGCUUUCUUGCACCAGAAUGGACUGGAUGAGGUUCUUGGACUCCGGCUAUUGGAAUCGCGCGAUCCAGAUGUGUCGGUUGAGGUGACCGAGGGCACCUCAAACACCAUGAUGCCUCAAGGGGCUGUCGAUACGCAGCGGCUCAUUCCUGCGAUGUGGGUGUUCAGCACGGAUGGAGACGACUUCUGCACCUGUGUGGAAUACUGUUACUCGGAUCGAGACGGUUCCCAUACAGGCGACGGCACUCAUGGGUGCGAUUAG